UUUGAAGCGUCUAAGCUGCACCAAAUUACAGGAGAAGAGGACAAGGAAGAAAUAAACAUCAGCAAAUAUCACACAUGGUUUUUCAAUUAUUUUCACAGGUUUUGCCAAAAUCUUCGCUCUGCUUUCUGUUUUUCUUCUUUAUAAACCUUAGGCGUUCACGUCAAGCAGAGAAACACUCGCUGUAUUACGUUUACACAGGCUUGUCUAAACCUGUGGAUCUGCCGGGCAUCUAUGAAUUCACUGCUAUGGGUCUGCUGGAUGACACACAGAUUGACUAUUACGAUAGUGAAGAAAAGAGAAAGAUUCCCACACAGUCCUGGAUGAAAGAGAAAAUGCAGGAGGAUUACUGGGAAAAAGGCACUCAGUCCAGAAAGAGUAAAGAACAGUGGUUUAAUGUGAACGUCCACAUUAUGAUGGACCGAAUGAGACUCAAUGACUCAGAUCUCCAUGUUCUUCAGUGGAGACACGGUUGUGAAGUUGAGCAGCAGGGAAAUGAAAUGAAGUUUCUCAAAGGCAUUAAUGAGUACAGCUAUGAUGGAAAGGACUUCUUGUCUUUUGAUGAUAAAGAGUCUCAAUGGGUCGCUCCAGUUGAUGAAGCUCUACCAACCAAGAGAAAAUGGGACAAUGUGCCAAUCCUAAACCAAUACACCAAAGGAUACAUGGAGAAAGAGUGUGUGGACUGGCUCAACAAAUUCAGAGAAUAUAGAGACGAGGAGCUCAGAAACGGCUCUCCUCCAGAUGUUCAUAUAUAUGCAAAAAGGUCUAUCAGAGACAAAACCAAGCUGAAACUCACCUGUGUGGCCACUGACUUCUACCACAAAGACGUGAUGAUGAACAUUAGGAAAUAUCGCACAUCUCUGCCUGAAGAUGAGAUUAAAUCCACAGGAAUCAGACCAAACCAUGAUGGAUCCUUCCAGAUGAGGAAGAGUGUGGAGAUCAAAGAGGAUAAAAAAGCAGAAUAUGAUUGUUUUGUGGCCCACAGAACCCUUAAUAAACCAAUUAUCAUUAAAUGGGAUGGAACAUGCCAGGACUGCCUGUCAAAGUCUGUCCCAUUCAUUGGAAUUGUGAUUGGAGUUGUGCUUGUGCUGGCAUUUGUUGUUUUAGUGUCAGUAGUCUUAAAGAAGAAAAAGAUUAUUGUUUUCAGAAGAAAAAACUUAAUGAAGAUGAGAAUGCUGGAGUUUCUCUAAGAGAAGGACUCCCACAGUAGUAUUACAGUACAAUCAAUACUACAACAGAUCAAGCCCUGAUGUAGACACUUGUGAUAUUGGUCAAUAUACUACACUAACAGUAUUGGGGAUCCAAGAUGGCAGAUAACAGAAUUUCACUAGAAUUGAAAGCAGAACCAUUGCAUUCAAUUAUCAUUAUUUUCAACAGAGGAGCUCAGAGUCUAGACUAGUUGCUAUGAGUCUAGACUUUUGUCAAUCAGCGUGCCUCACAGAAACACUAAAAACUCAAGCAAAUCAGAGCUGGAGCAUAACCGUCAGGGUUAUGAAGAAAAUGCUGCUCUCAGCUUGGAUGCUAACGCUAAUGUUUCCAACCCCGCCCUGCUCCAGGUUAUUAUGGGAAUCACAGAUAACAUUUAGAAACUGACUGAUGAAAAGUUGAGUCCAUUGUCACUACUUUUGCAUGAGCAGAAUGAAAAACUCAAUGACCAUGAAAAACAAAUCACUGAAACAGAGAACCGAAUUUCCACUGUGAAAGAUGCUGACAAACUGGAAAGAUGAAUGGAUCAUUUGGAUGACACUGGAUGAAAACAGAGAGAGAAGGAAGAACACGUGUAUUGUUGUUUCGAAGCCUGCCUGCUGAACUCUCUGGGCAUUCUAACGAAAUCUGGCUACAUGAAGAAGUAUUUUUACUAUGGAAAACAUUUCUGCUCAGGAUUUGGAUUUUUUUUGUUAUUGUUCUUUUUCAAAUCAUGUCAGCUUGAUUUAGCCCUUCUACAAGAAACUAAUCUUGAUGACAAAGAACAUCUUAAGUCGUAACAGGGCUUCAGUCAUAUUUUUUCUCUUCAUUUACGUAAAGGACCCGAGGGGUGGCCAUUUUGUUUGUCCAGCUAGAUUAAAAGAAAUUACUGCUUUAUGUUCUGCUCUUACACGAUAACAAUGUACUAAAAACAGAAAAGUUUUUCCUUUGCGGUUUUGAAAAGUUCCACGUACAGACGACAACGUUGUCCAAACGAUAUCCAUUUAGACAGAUCUGCAAAACGCUGUAUUCUGCUGCCAGGCCAGUAGAUGGCGAUGUCACUUUAUACAGAAACACUACACACAUACGCUUUCUUUUACAGAGUGGCAGUGCUGCCAAUUUAGCAAGUUUGUUGUUAGAUUUAGCGACUUCAACACCCCUUUAGCGACUUUUUUCAAAAGCCUUACGACAAAUCUAGUAACUUCUUGGACAAACCUUAUCUAGGUUCCGUGACUCGUCCACUGAUCUAUAUUUAUAUUAAUAUAGAUCAGUGGAUUCGCCAGUAUGAUGCUAGCGACAUUUAGCGGCCAGUUUUAGCUAUUUUCAACUGAAAGCAAUUGGCAACACUGCAGAGCAGUGAAUAAAAAACAAUCAAGAUGGCGAAAGCAUCGAUAAAGUACUCGCACAUACAGAUUGAACUCAUAAUACGCAUGCGCAGGACAUCACCGUUUUCACAAAUUCGCAUUUUUGUAGUUUACACAGAGACGAUAACAGUAUAGUUUUCAAAGAGGUAUGUUUUCAGGCCCCCAAAACACAGCUGUGUAAAUGAACAAGCUAAACACAUAAAAAGUUUUCUGUUUUUAGUUGAAAACGGUGUCGUGUAAACGGCCCCUUAGGCUCAAUUGCUUUAUAUGGGCUAAUAGAAGACCUCAACCAUAGGAUUAAUAUAUUGUGUCUACCAGAGGAUAUGGUAUUGUUUUCCCAGAAAUUAGAAAGUGCCAUUGCCAACUUAGUGCCCACUUGCAUUACAUAACUACAUGGAUAUCAGAUGACCCAAGCUCAUUAUAGCUGAACAUAGAGUCCGCUCAGUCACAGGUCCCUCUUCAAAAUGUGCUGAAGACUUGUUAGAGUAGCUUGUACAAACACUAUUAAUGUUAAUUCUGUGAAAGCUUGGCAUCAUGUUUAACAUCAGUUUAAACUCCAAUAUGCAAUAACCUUGAUAUUCCCCCAGGUGUCAGUGAAGACUAUUGCCAAACAAUUAUGUUAUCUUGCACUUGAAUAUCUUACUUUAUGAAAUAUUUCAGAUGUUUUUUUUUUUUAAACAUUAGUUUAUUACUUUAUCUUAGUAAUGUUGUUCUGUUAAACUGACUGAUUGUAUGUAUUUGCAGUGUUAUUCAUGUCUGGUCCAUUAGUGCAUUGGACUAAUUUAUAGACAUUUCAUUUAUAGUAUUUUUACCUUUUAUAAGAUCAAUAAGUAUUACAGCUGUUACUGUCAGAAUGGACUGUUUCACUACUAGUUCAUGGAAACAUGGAAAUGUUUGUUUAGGCUACCAAGGUGACAACAAUGUCUGUGGGGAAAAAAAAAAAAAAAAAGUUUAAUAAUUUGACCAUUUAUAAUUUUUUAAUGAUCAUUUUACAAAUAAUUCAAAUCUCAAAAUAUUCAUUAAUUGUGUGUAUGUAGGAUGCAUUAAUGCCUUGCUCAGGCUGCUUUGAUUAUUUCAAAUGUCACGCCCACCACAGAUUGUUAUUACCCAUAUAUCAUUAUAGAGGCUUUGGAGAAAAGCAUCUGCUAAAUGACUAAAUGUAGAUGACAGUGUUAAAUGUUGAUACUGAUCACUGAAACUGAGUUUGUUGAAAGCUUCUUUGAAGACACUUGUGCUGUCUAAAUAAAAUUGACUUGAAACACUCAAA